CAAUCAAAAGUGUUCAAAUUUUGUUUUCAAGGAACUUGUUAACUGUCAAGCACUUUGAGUGAUUACCUUCGGUUUCUAUAGAAAUUUGGUGCGGAAAUGUCCGGUUACAAUUUUCUAUUUCAAGUUCAAAAAUGUUCAAGAUAUCGUUUAUAAGUUUACAGAUAAAAAGUUCUUUAUCUUCAUCAUUUGUUUUAUACUCUGACCGCUUAUUAAAAAAAAUUAAAAUACCAAUUCAGAACAAUAAGGUGUAUACUCGAAGCAGUAAAUCACCAUUAAAAGCUCUACUUUAGGAUUGUCAGUCCAAAAGGUGCAACCUUCAAUUCUGCCAAAUAUUGGUAUCAAAAUCAAUGGAGAUUUAUUCUGCACAUGUAUGGGUACCAUCAGCACCUGGCGCACCACUUCCAGCGUUAGCAGUUGUCGGAGGACACGAUUGUGAUGGAACACCCAUUUUUGUUGGUCGUUCCUACCACGAAGGUGACAAUUUGCCAGCAAAAGUUGUUCCUAGCAAAUAUACUGCUUACGUCUGCUGGGGUGGUCGUGAGAUCACAAAGAAUCAUUAUGAAGUCCUUGUUGGCAAUAACUACUGUUGGAUUCCCUGUGCUGCAGGUCAGGUGCCUCCAAAUGCUGUUUUAGCUGGAAAUACUGUCACUGGAGAGCCACUCUUCAUUGGACGUGGUUAUUGGGAAGGAAGUUUGACAGUUGGUAAAAUUCAUCCAUCCCAUCAUUGUUUGUAUAUUCCGUUUGGUGGAGCUGAACAUCGUUUGGAUUGUUAUGAAGUUUUGACUUAUAAUAUGCCUAUGCCAAUGCCACCACCACAUCAACAUCCUCAAGAUGAUUCAUGCUGUUGUUGUUGUUGCGUGCAAUAAUGUUCUAGUAUUUUGGUUAAGUCUUAUGUAUAGAUUUAAGAGCCAUGAACUUGUAAACUAAGCAUUUAUUCACAAAACAUCAGUGUUUGAUUUAUUUAAAAUUUAAAUACACACAAAGAAAACA